AUGGACCCGCGUGGGCCGGAGAUCGGAAAUGCUGCCUCCAAGUAUGCCAAGAGCCAGGAUUGGGAGAAGGCUCUUUCCCUUGCUGCAAGCCAUCCCCUGGAUGGUCGGGUCUAUGUAGAAUUGGCAACGGCCUGUGCGCGCCAAGUGCAGUGGAGAGAGGCGUUGCUGAUCACGGACUUGGCACCGAGGAAGAGCCGUUUGUUCGUAGCCACCGCGGGGUUCAAAGCGCUCGAGGAGGCGAUGCAGUGGACGAGAGCCUUAGAGGUCUUGAAGAGCCUGGAGAGCAGCACUCGCCCGGGCUCAGUGUCCUACAAUGCUUGCUUGAGCGCUUUGGCUCGGGGGCAGCGAUGGAUGGAGAGCCUUGAAUUAGCCUCAGAGAUGAGGGAGAAAAAGUUGAUGAACAUCAUCAGCUACAACAGCUGCAUCAAUGCAUGUGGGGAUCACUGGUUGCAAGCCUUGGACUUGCUGGAGGAGCUGUUGAGGUCUUCACUCCAGGCUGAUGUGAUCACCUUCAGUAGUGUGAUUACCGCGUGUGCCAAAGGGGAUGAGUGGCAAAGAGGAUUGGUGGUCUUUGAGUCGGCAGUGCACUCAGUGGAGCCCAACCGGAUCCUCCUCUCGGCGGCGGUGACCUCCGCCGCGCGCGGCGCGCAGUGGCCACGCGCCAUGGAGAUCUUCGCGCGCGCUGAUGGGAGCAGCGUGCAACCCGACGUCAUCAUGGCAAGUGCUUUGAUCAGUGCCUUCGAAAGGGCUGGGGAGUGGGAGCGAGCCUUGUGCAUUCUUGCUGACCUACCAGCCCAGAAGAUCAAGGCCAACCUGGUGGCUUACAAUGCCGCCCUGAGUGCCUGCGAGGUGGCGGGAGAGUGGCAACAGGGACUUCAUUUGCUGGAGGAGCUCCACCAGCAGAAGCUCUCUGCAGAUCUGGUGACCCUGAACGCUCUCCUGGGCGCUUGCAGCCGCGUGCAACGAUGGGAGGAGGCGAUGGAUUUGCUACGAGCUGCUCAGCAGAGCAAGUUGUCAUUGAACAUCUUUGCGUGCAGCACUGCAAUCAGCACUUGCGAGAAGGCGAACGAGUGGCGACGGGCACUCGAGAUUUUUGCGGAAGUGAAGGCUCUAAAUUUGCAGCUGGAUGUGGUUGUAUUGAGUGCUGCCAUCAGCGCUUGUGAGAAGGGCGAGAAGUGGCGUUUGGCUUUGUCGUUGCUGGCGGAUUGUCGUCAUUUGGAUGCCAACAUUAUCUCCUUCAGUGCCACGAUCAGUGCUCUGGAAAAGUGUAGCCAAUGGGCGCAGGUUUUGGAAUUGCUGAGGUGGUUGCCAGUGCAACGGCUCCAGCCCAAUCUGAUCACCUACAACGCAGCGAUCAGCGCUUGCCGGACACACUGGCCACUGGCGCUGCAUUUGUUCCACGAAGUUGGUUUAGUGAACCUGCAGAGAGAUUCAAUCACCUACUAUACUGCACUGAGUGCGUGUGAGGAAGGUCUUGCUUGGGUCCAUGCUUUGACCAUCCUCUCCCAGCUCUCUCAGCUCUCAUCCUCACCCUCCACGACCGCGGCCGCGUGUGUGGCCGCCGUUCCGUGCCUGGCGGGGCAGCGAGGGCCAUCCGCUACGGUGUUGUGGGCGAUGGAAGAGCUGCAGCGCGCGGCCACAGGGGUGGUCCAAAGGGAGAAAAAAGGUGGCCGGCACUUGAAAGCAGUCGAGCGGUGUUAG